AAUUAUCUAAAAAAGAGGUAAAAAAAUCGUUAAUGGAGACGCUUUGGUGUCCCUCUCGGUGUUCUUCUUGGUGGUACUGUUGUAAUAGUUUCCGCACUUCUUGUAGCUCCUCCUCCUUUAAAAUGGCCCAUUCGGGAGCAGAAUCGGAGGGUGUAUCUGCAUUCCCAUCGCCGCCCAAAUCCUCGACUUGUACGAGAACGACAUCGGCAACGAUCUCCUUCCGACCUGAGGCUGCCUCGCCCUCCUCCUCCGGCACGGCCACGACGUGUUCUCCUCCUCAUCGCGAACGUCUCCUCCCCUCACUCGACGCUCUCCCAGCUCAGAUGCUGGACCCCGAGAUCGACCUCCUUCCCGACGUCUGCUACCUUUCCUCGGCCUCCUCCUCGUCGCUGGGCCGUCAUCUCGACAUGUUCACGGCCCAGCCACCGUACGCAGGAGAGUUCAGCCUGGAACCCUUCGACGACCUGAUCUCCAUAUGCGACGUCGCCACGAGCGAAUACCGGCCGUACCCGCCCGACCACGCGGCGGUCCAGAUGGCGGCGACCGGUGGCCCGCCGAGGUGCCAACAGCAGCGUCCGGCGAGCGAUGAGGAAUUCCACGCGGCGGUGGCGGCGGCGGUCGGGAUGACACCGCCGCUGUGUGCAGUCCUCGACGGGGGCGGCGUCGGGGCGUCGUACCACUGGGGCGGGUCGGCGCGCGGUGACGGGCCGCACGGGUUCUUUCCUGCGGGAGGGAUGAUGGCGGCGGGGCCCGAGGUAGGGCCAAUGGGUUCGGAACACGUGGCAGAUUACCAGGCGUUGGUAACUGGUUCGGGGAUGUACGGGCUGGAAGCGCCGCCGCUGCGAGCGUACCGCACUGGGAAUUUACAGGUGAUUGGAGGAGGGAGCCAACAUCUGAUGGCUGGGAACAGUGGCAACCCAACACCCCUGCCAGCUUCCAACGUCUCCGCUAUGGAUGAGUCCACCUUCAAAGUAGGUCGUCUGUCUGUCGAGGAGAGGAAGGAGAAGAUCACCAGAUACAUUAAGAAGAGAAAUCAAAGAAACUUCAGCAAAAAGAUCAAGUAUGCUUGCAGGAAGACUCUAGCAGACAGCCGACCUAGAGUCCGAGGGCGGUUUGCAAAGAAUGAUGAAUUUGGAGAGAUGACAAAACCCAGUUCCAGAAACCAUGAAAUGGAUGAGGAAGUGGUUAUGAAGGAAGAAGACAUACUCGACUCCUCAGACAUCCUUGUACAUAUCAGUGGCAUGAACUCUUUUAAGAACAACUUCACUCUUGAAUCUUGGAUAUAAGCAAAUGAGUCACAUGACCUGACAAGUUUGACUCAUAUUGCUGAUUUUUUUACUUGCAUUCAACAGCUGAUGUAGCCAUUAUUUACCAUACAAUAAAAUGACUGGCAUGGAAACUAAUGUUACUGCCACAACAUUGUCUUCCCAUUUCUCAUUGUUUCAACACCAAGAAACAUACAUAGGAGUCAUGGCAGAUAAUCACUGUGGACCCUGUAUAGCUCCAGAGGAACAUAAUAGUGUCAAAUGAGAAACUAAAGAUGGGCAAUAUACAUCUUGGAUUUUCGCUAACUUCCAUAUUUUCAUGAGUGCAUUAGCUAUACAUAACAAGGUGCUAAAAUUUGCCAGUACAUUACAUAAUUGGAAGUCAAAGGCUAAUUAGAUAAUUGUGUGCAGCAAAGCAAGAACCAUUGGAGUUUGUAUAGUAACUGAUUUACCUGAUUCAAUUGACCUCAAUUGACAAGCUUGUCGUUCACUAAAAUCAAACAAUACAUUGUCAAUUGUUUUCUAGUCAAAAUUAGAGAAGAGGUUGACAUCAGAUUGUGGAUAUGUAAUCAUACAGUCAUGAACUUAUUACAUACAAUAACAAGCAUUUGACCAGUUCGCUCUGCAGUGGAUGUUCUGAAUUAUGAACUAAUUUGGGCCAAUUUGGCAGCUUGAGUGUUUUGUACCCAUUUUAGUAUUGGUGAAAUAGACUUCAGUAAGAAAAAAAUUGAAAUGGCAUCCAAGUUUAUCCUUGAGAAAACUAAGGAAAAAUAAUUCCCAUGUAGGUAUUGUAUCUAUUCAUAUUUUUCAACAUUAAUAUCCAGUUUGAUUAUGAAGCAGGAAAACUAAGUUGUAGGAAAGAAUCUUCAACCACAGCAUACACAAAAUUAACUGUAGUCAACGAUGCCUCUUCAAAGAAACUAUAGUGGGUGAUGAAGUAUUUCGGACCUUUACCAACUGAAGUAGUAAAAUGAUUUAUCCAAAUAUUUUACAAGCAAUCAACUAAUCAAAUGUUUCAAAAACUAGAUUCUAGCAUGUAAUAGAAAUUACUUCUGAUAUUUACUGAGAAUAAUUAGGAUGUGUCACAUGCAAUAUGGAAUUUCUGAGAAACAUUCACAAGCCAGUGGAUGGUGAUAAUAUUAUGACUAAUCAAGAGUUAAUUUAUGAGAUUUUCUGGCAUAAUUUCUAUAACAUAUGGUACUUCUGUACUUUCCUUCGGAACCCCUCCUGAGCUUUAUAUAUCACUUUUCUUUAUGUUUUGUUUGUUUACUUUUGCAUAUAAAUCAUGCUUCUCUUUUUAUGACAAAAGAUUUGAAAGGAUAACCCCUAAUGUUUCUCGAGGAAAAAACAAAUGUGCAAGCCAGUAAGGAGGCCUUAACCAGUCAACAUAACAAAAGCUUUUGCAUCUGAAGAUACUUUGAAGAAUAAGACUAGGCCAAUUAUAACAAGGACGGAUGAUGAAGUUUAGGAAAAAGAAGUGGGCACUCGAAGAGCACAUGAAGGAAGGUCUAAUCGCCAAAAGGUUUAGGCUCAACAGCAAAGGUGAGCAAAGUAGAGUACCAAAAGCAGACCCUGAACAUAUUAGGAAAGUCAAAAUUAAGAAUAGAAGAUAGAAGCAGAGGUCAUAGUUAAUUGUUUUAUCCUGCAACGGGAGGAAGCUAAUUAGUUACCAAAGCCAAGUAGACCACAUCAUUUAUCCGUAAUGGUCAGAUAGGAAAGCACGAUGACUGCAGAACCUAUCUAACAUCUUCUAACACCUCAUCCCAGUUCCGGCUUGGCUUCAAAGUGAAAAACCCUCAAUCAUGUUACCAAACCAACAGCUUACUGAGGCACUAGGCUCCAUGUUGCCCAUGUUUCAUUAGAUGUAUUGCUCACCAAUCCGAGAAAGAAAAAGGCUGGUGGUGAAGUUGGUCUAGGGUAAAAAUUACUCAAGUGACAUGAGACAUCUAAACCCGAGAAAGAAAAAGGCUAGUGGUGCAGUUGGUCUAGGGUAAAUAUUGCUUUGGAGAUUAUGCCAUGCCAAUUUUCAAACUAGCAAUAGAAGGCAUUGCUCGUUUGGCAAUCAUGAUGAUGUUUUUGUUGCUAUCAGGAUGUUAGGUUACCUAAUGAUCACAAGUUCCAUUUAUGCACCGCUUACCAUGUUAAAAAGUUCUACAACUUUUCUCAUCCAAACGACAUUCUACUCAACUACUCAAAUCGACUCCACUUUGAAGAAAGCAUUAGCUCAAAUGGUGAGAAUUUUCCUCAUUGGACCUAGGUAAAAUAAGGGAAUAGCUAGUCAUAAUUCAAU